UCUGUCUUUGUUCUCCUUCUCUCUUCUCACUUUCCUUUUUUUUUUGAUUUUAUGCUCUCUUCGCAUUUCUCUUUGGUCGUCUUGCUUCCUCUCUUUCGUUUUGCCCUUUUAUUUUUUUUUAUUCCCCCACCAAAAUUCUGCUUGUAGUUCUUUCCUGUAAAGAUCCAUCAAACUUUAUUAAAGAAGGAAGAAGAAAUAUAUACUAAAGGGUAUAGAAGAACAAUGGUUUUCUCAUCCGAUUGGUCACAGCCUACGAACUCGAAUCAUCAACAGCAUCAGCUUCACGAAAAUGGAAGUUUAGUGAGUGGCCACGGACUACUUUCUCACCAACUUCAACCUUACCCACCAAACCCUAACCCUAACCACCACCAUGCCGCUGCCUCCAGUGGUCUUCCAGCGAGGCUUGGUGGAUCCAUGGCUGAGACAGCGAGGCAGGCCAAAGCUCCUCCGCCUGUGGGAGCCCGAAAGUGUCCUCGAUGCGACUCCCUCAUCACCAAGUUCUGUUACUACAAUAACUACAACCUCACUCAGCCUCGCUACUUCUGCAAGGCUUGCCGUCGUUACUGGACAUAUGGCGGCGCUCAGAGGAACGUCCCCGUGGGCGGAGGCAGCCGGAGGAAUAGCAAAAAGGGCAAAAAUGGUAAUUCAAAAUCUUCUUCUUCUUCGUCCAAACAGUCUUCUUCCACGGUCAACGCUCCAAGUUCUAACUCAGGACAGCUGAGGACAAACCAUCAGUUCCCGUUUUUACCAACUCUUCACAAUCUCACUCAACUCGGAGGUAUCGGUUUAAAUUUAGCUGCAACAAAUGGCAAUUAUUGCCAAGCUCACCAGAUUGGUCCGAGUUUAAUGAACGAUCUAGGGUUUCUUCAUGUCGGAAAUGGACAAACCGGAAACAUUCAUGACAACAACAAUAACAGCUUUGAAAACAACCUAAUGGCUGCUGCUGGAUCAAUGAAUCAGUUCACUCUCUUCGAUCCAGCAACUGGCCUACACGCUUUCCAGAACGAGAGCAAUAUAGGAAACAAUUUUGGAAUAUCUUUUUCCUCUACUUCCAUGGUUGAUUCUAGGGCUUACCAGACAACCCCAGUGAAGAUGGAAGAACAACCCAGUUUGGGUAACUUGUCUAGACCGGUCUCUAGUUUGACGCCUCCGGGGAAUCAAACAAACCAGUACUUUUGGACCAAUUCGGAUUUAUCGGGUCCUUCUUCUAACGAUCAUCACCAACUCUUGUGAGAUUUUGUGUAUUUGUUAAUGUAUGUUUACGACGUGGAGGUUGAUUUAAAUGACUCCGAACGGUCAUGAUCAAAUGCAUGCAGAGUACGUGUGUGGGACAAUGAUCGUGGAGAAGUAAUGAUACAAACUAAAAGGUGUCUUAGUUAGAGUUGGUGGUUCUUCAACUUAAUUAGGUGUGUCAUAUAAUUUCUUUGUAUUGUGUGUGUUUUAUGGUUAAUCUGAUUCUCAAGUUACUAUGUCUUUCAACGAAUUCAUGUCGUGUGUGUAACAGUCCAAUUUAUUUACUUUCAAAAACCUAAAUCUCAUGGAA